AUGUCUGCCCGUGACCCUCGCACCGCUACGCCUAGCAGAUCGUUGACAGAUCUUCCAUUGGAUGUCAUAAUGGAGAUAUUGUUUUACUUGCCCUUUGAGGAUUUGGAAAAUGUUUCCAAAACAUGCAGAACACUUCGAGUCUUGAGCAACGAGAGUAUCACAUACCGCAGGACUGUAAAAGAUCGGUGCGUUGCAUCUGAAUGGACCAAGCGAUUACUUUUCGAUUUUUUGCAUGCCAUAGACAAAAAAGAUGGUCUGUUGGGGUUCAUCAGUUCGGAAAGGAUAUCGAUUGUGAAUUCGCUACAGGAGCUCCAGUCAAGGUUUGAGCUGGGGAACCGAGUCCCCCUACUGCCACCGAGAGAAAUGACACCCUUGCAGAAUUCUGCGGCAUCGGACGAAAACAAAGUCAAAGUCUCUGAGACACCCUGCAGCGAAUCGAGCGGGAAACAAGAAUUAAAACCCAAUUCCUUCGAAAUACCCAAGGCUCGCUUGAGGACAGGCAAAAGGGAUGCAGCUUCUCUCGACAAAGAGGGCAUGGCUUAUCUGCAAAUUCUGCAAGGAUUUCAUAGGAUUGCAACAAACAGUCAUAAACGUUUUGGGCGCAGAAACAGAGAGUUCGCGCGAAGAAACCCAAAUCAGGAAUCAGCCGUGCCGCAAACACCGGACAAAGAACCGAUCGCGAGUGCAACUCUAACUCCAAUUCAGGUCCAGUCACUCGCUAACGAAGACACCACUGCGAUUGAUGUCUUGAAAUCAGAUGAAAACUCACCUGACUCGUCACACCAUUCACGCACCACUAGCUCAAUUUUCUCUGAUACCCCUCGUCUGUCGGACUUGGGCUGGUCCUACAGUGAAGAAUUCAAAAGCUUAGAAAGUAACUCUGACUCGGAGUGUGGAAGUUCAGAUUCGAGUUCUUCAAGUAAAUAUUUGAGACAACUGCAGAGGUCCAACCGGGUCAGUGACAAAAAGAAUCUCUACGAGAAGCUUAACAGCCGAACAAGGAAGGAGCACGAAAUCACAAAUAACAAAAUUAGCGAGAAGGGAUCUUCUGAAAAACUUCGGCCAGGCCCUACCUCCAGCAAAGGCAGGGCAUUCUCCCAAGGAUACUUAGUUGAGCUCGAAAGGUGUAACACACCAGCGGUGCGUACACAACAAACCGCGGCAGAGACAACUAAAGUCUCUCAAGAGUUCUUAUCCCGGUACCAAGAACAUUUAGUAAUUGGUACAAAGUCCAGCCCGGAAGUACCGACUCAACGAAGGUCUAAAACAAAAAAACUUGGGCAUGCACCACAUAGGAGGAAACUGAUUGCUUCAGUCACUGAAGACAACAGAAUUUGCUACGAGAAACUCUAA